CCUUUACGGCCACGAGCCGCCCCGGCCUUUCGUGCUGAAGGAAAAGAACAUGGAGACAGCUGGAAAAGUGAUCAAAUGCAAGGCAGCUGUUGCUUGGGAACCUGGAAAGCCUCUUUCCAUUGAGGAUGUGGAGGUAGCACCACCUAAGGCCCAUGAAGUCCGCAUCAAGAUUUUUGCUACAGGGGUGUGUCAUACAGAUGCCUACACCCUGAGUGGCAGUGACCCCGAGGGUCUUUUCCCUGUCAUCUUGGGCCAUGAGGGUGCAGGGACUGUUGAGAGUGUCGGUGAAGGUGUCACCAAAUUCAAACCAGGUGAUACCGUCAUUCCUUUGUAUGUACCACAGUGUGGUGAAUGCAAAUUCUGCAAAAAUCCCAAGACCAACCUUUGCCAGAAAAUUAGAGUAACCCAGGGCCAGGGCCUGCUCACUGACAAGACCUCACGCUUCACUUGCAAGGGAAAGCAAGUGUUUCACUUCAUGGGUACCAGCACCUUCACAGAGUACACUGUGGUGGCUGACAUCUCUCUAGCCAAGGUGAACGUGAAUGCUCCGCUGGAUAAAGUGUGCCUUCUUGGAUGUGGCAUUUCUACCGGUUAUGGUGCAGCUCUUAACACUGCCAAGGUUGAGCCUGGCUCGACAUGCGCUGUCUUUGGCCUUGGAGCUGUUGGCUUGGCUGUUAUUAUGGGAUGCAAGGUAGCUGGGGCAACCAGGAUCAUCGGCGUGGACAUCAACCCUGCAAAGUUUGAGAAAGCCAAGGAGUUCGGAGCCACUGAGUUUGUGAACCCCAAAGACCACAGCAAGCCCAUCCAGGAGGUUCUGGUGGAGAUGACUGACGGAGGCGUGGACUAUUCCUUUGAGUGCAUUGGAAAUGUGCAAAUCAUGAGAGCUGCUUUGGAGGCAUGCCACAAAGGAUGGGGUGAAAGUGUCAUCAUCGGUGUUGCCGGAGCUGGACAGGAAAUCUCGACCAGACCUUUCCAGCUGGUGACAGGCCGAGUGUGGAGGGGAACAGCCUUUGGAGGCUGGAAGAGUGUGGAGAGUGUUCCUAAACUGGUGGAAGACUACAUGAACAAGAAGCUGAAGGUGGAUGAGUUUGUUACCCACACCCUUCCCUUUGAGCAGAUCAAUGAGGGAUUUGACCUUAUGCAUGCCGGAAAGAGUAUCCGCACAGUGCUGACCUUCUGAAGUGCCUACAGCAUUGAUAUCCUUCAUGUCCAGCCUUUCAACAAUUUCCCUCCAUAGUUGCAGCACUUAUUGCAUUUCUCUGCACUUUGUUGACGUAACUUUAAGUAUUAGAACAUAAAUUUAUUAACAGUAGAAUACCUGUUCAAAACAAAAAUGGUAUCAUUAAAAUCUUUUGGAAAUGCA